GAGACUUCGAUAUCACGGAAAUUCCUCUCUUUGUAAAACCUGUUUGAGGAUUACUUCUUGUUGUCUUUAGUAUUCGAAUUGAAUUCUCAACAAUCAAGAAGACGAACAAGUUAAAUUAAUAAAUUUAUAUAAAUACAUCAAAUUUUCACUCGAAAAAUUCGUAUGAAUUGAUUCCUGGAUAGGAAGAAGUUAACUCAAUGAUGUUGCUGACUGUGGUUCUUAGUCUUCUGACGUUAAAUCUGGUAUUUUCGCAAAAACCUUCUCCAUGCCCCAAUGUUCUUAUAUACCAGCCCAAAAAUUCCGAAAAAAAUAGAUGGCAUGCAGUAGUAAAUCUGAGCUCCCGUGAGACUUUUAGGGGCAUUUGGCUAGUUAUAACCUUAGACAGGCCUGCAGAGUUACUUGGAAACAUUUUUGGCGAUGUAACAUCGACAAACAAUAAGGAGUUUUUGAUAAGAAGCAAUAAUUACGUAUUAGAGGCUGGAAAAGUUAACCCCGUACGUUUCUUCGUGAAAUUCAACGCAGCUAGCAUUACACCAAGCGUUGAAGAGAUAAAUCUCAAUGGUAGGACUAUUUGCUCGACUAAGGUUGAACAAACGACUGUUAGGAACUCAUCAAGUCCAAUUUCAAACUCUUCCAAUAUAAGACCAAGCUCUCCGGAUUCUAGACCUAUUACGUCUCUAUCAAUAGGUUCCACAAGUAGGCCACUGACUGAAUCAGAAAGACCUGAUUCUGAAGAUUUUGAGCUGGUGGAGCCAAGCAGGCCUAAUAGACCAUCAAGCUUCACUGAACCCUUGGAGGUAGUGAGACCUAAUAGACCAUCAGGUUACACUGAUGAUUUAGGCACAAAUCUCCAUGAACGACCUCCAGCAUCAAAUAACGGAGCUUCCAAUAUUUAUGGUACAAACGUAAAUAACUUUCAGAGACCAUAUGCACCUAAUAGAGAAACAGAAGACUACAACCUCGGUAACAAUCAAGGAUCUUCUGGUUUAUCUGUAUCUCCACAGGAUAACAAUGAUUUCUAUCCUGGGGAUUGGGGAAUUGUGAAUAAACCCCCUACCAAUCCAGCAUCCCUUCCAAAUAUUCAGAAGAAUCUAAAGUGUGGUGUUGUGGCCACUCGACCUAGACCUCUAAUUUCAAAUGGUCAGGACACAGAACCUGGUCAAUGGCCUUGGCAUGUUGCUCUUUACCAUUCAAAAGGAGUUCAAUUGAUGUACACUUGUGGUGGUACUCUCAUUUCUACCAGUCACAUUGUUACUGCAGCUCAUUGUGUUACAAAACCUCGUACAAACAGACCAAUUAAUCCACAGAAUAUUGUGGCUUAUCUUGGAAAGUAUAGUCUUAAUAAAUUUGGCUCUGAAAUACAAGAUAGGGAUGUUGGAGAUAUAUAUGUUCAUCCCCAGUACAACUAUUCAGGUUAUUACAAUGACAUAGCAAUUCUAAGACUGGCUGAACCCAUUGAAUUUACUAAUUAUGUAAGACCUGUUUGUCUCUGGGGGGAGAAUACUAAUUUGAAUAGGGUUGAAGGGAAACUUGGUACUGUUGUGGGAUGGGGCUUUAAUGAGAAUGGAAUAUUAACAACAACUCUUAUGCAGUCUCAAAUGCCAAUUGUACCACUCAAUGAUUGUCUCUACUCGAAUAGAGAGUUCUUCUCACAAUUCACUUCAGAUAAAAGUUUUUGUGCUGGCUUUAGAAAUGGAACAUCAGUGUGUAAUGGAGACAGUGGAGGAGGAAUGGUCUUUCCACGAAUAGGUACAAGUGGUUCAAGUACUGUUUGGCAGAUUAGAGGUCUAGUAAGUGUUGGGGUUGCAUUUCAAGGCAAAGAUAUUUGUGAUACAUCCCAAUAUGUAGUAUUUACAGAUGUUGCUAAGCAUCUUGAUUGGAUACAAGGAAUUUUGAAUCGCAAUCCAUAACUCUUAGAUCUUCUUUCAAUUCAAUAACUAUGCAUUUCACUUAUAUAAUUAUUUUUACUUGCAUGUCUGAUGCGGUUUUUACUGGAUUUAUUUGUGAUAUUUUUUGAGUAGGUAUAGUGUUAUUUGUAAUAAACUUUUUAAAACAA